UCCUGCUCUGAUCUGGAGUCUGACUGCACAGAUCAAUGUGCCUCCAUCUGCUCUUCUCAUGACCAAGAUCGUGUUUCUGUCGCUCUGUCCCCAAAAGAGCGUUUUCUUCCUGAAGCCCUUGAAUGCCAGCCGUCUGCACCGCCAUCCCUUUCUCUUAGCCGUAAUCCCUUUUUCUUGCCAUCACAUACCCCUGUUUCCCCAUGUUCCCCAGAUGAAGGCUACCCCUCGGCCCUCGACUCCCCGUCCCCUGAUUAUUUAGGAGACAAGGAUGAUUCUGAGGUCACCAAACUAGGUUUGCUUGACUUUCUAGAAUCAGUGGGUGAGUUCGGGAAAAUGGAGCGAUUCAGCCAGGUGAUCCAAGUAGCUCGUUGGGAUCUGGAGGGGGAACAGCACUGGGAUGUUUUAAGGGAUCGGUUAGAUCACCUUGAUCGCUUGGAGAAGGUGAACAGGGAGGUAAAACUGGCUUACAUCGCCAGACUCCACGAGAAGGGAUUUGAUCUUGGAGAUCUGGAGGAGCACGAUCUCUCGGACAUCAUGGAUGAAAUGGGCAACAUUGACAUUCCCUGGAAGUUGUAUAAAUGCCCCGGGGAAUCAAUGGGAGACUCUCAGGAGUUUUCAGAUGCUGGGGUCGACCUCACUGCUCCAUCAGACUGCGAUGAUCCUCUUGUUCCAGAUUCACUCACUCCUUCCCCUGUUGAGCCACCACCAAGACCCCCUAAACCUCCUGCCCGACACGCCAGUGUCAACUCUUACCUCCAUGACUACAUCAAUAUCAGCAGAGAGACCACCUCCAUGGCCGUCUCCACCUCUCCCACAUUGUCUACUUUCUCCCCGAACUCAUCAUCCCCAACAUUCACCACUUUUAGAUGCGAGAAACCUCUUCCUCCAUCUCCACCAUCAGUUCCUCCUCUCCCUGCCUCUAAAGCAGUCCCUUACCUCACCCUCUAUACUACUCCCUCUCCACCGAGACCCAUCCCCACCCCAACUCCCCCCAUUCCCCCCCCUCGGAAACGCCACCUUGCCAGGAAGGAGGCACAGCGACUUGCUGCUCUUAAAGCUGAGGAAGAAAAGACCCCGCUGUCUCUCCCACCUCCUACGUCGCGUCCACCACCUCUUCCCCCUCCACCUGUUAUCUCCAUAUCCUCCUCAUCUCCUCCUGCCGUACCACCUGCCCUGCCUCCUCCACCCUCCUUCCAUGCACUGGAUGUCGAGAUCCGCAAGCUUCUAAUGCUUGCAGGAUUGACUCAGGCUGAACUACUCAAACUCAGUCCAGAGCUUGGCGUCUGUGUCGGAGGGCUAGACGAUGAGGUAGAUGGAGUAGAUCUUCCUCCAUCCAGAUCCGUGGAAUCACAUGAGUUUAGACUAAAAGACAGGGAGGAGGAGAAGGAGUGUGACUCCCAAUUCAUAGAUAAAGACGGAUGCAGCAGCAUCGGAGAUGAAAGGGUAGCUAUAGUUGAAGAAGUUAAAAGAAAAGAGGAGAGCAAAGACACACAAAAGACCACCACAUUCACCGAGAUGGCAAGAAGAAGGAAGAGGAACAGUGGCACUGGUCUUAGCAAUACACAUGAUACCAAAGCAAAUGACAUGAGCUUUGAGACUUUCCAUUACUCCACUGAGUUGCUAGAGUCACCUCCUCCUCCUCCUCCUCGCCCCUUACCACCGAUCCCGCCAUCUUUGUCACACCCUAAAGUCAGCACUCUUUCUGCCAACUCUGCACAACCCGAUCGCUUUGACUGGCUAAUAGCAUUCACACCCGAAAACGACGCCCCACCACAACCUCCGCCCCCUGAAAUGAGAAAAUCUCCUCUGGAGAGUCAAAAGAAGACUGGUUCAUCCGGUUCAGCUCCAAACGUCACAACCUUCAAAGAGCUGCGCUUCCGUAACAAGAGCAACUACCCACUGACGAGGGUGAUCACUGACCCAGAGCCUGACCCCACAGUCAUCACCCCGGAUCCAGAUAUACUGUACAACCUGAAGUGGAGAAGGGAGAAGGUCGGAAGCGAUGGUAUCCAGUGGGAAUACACCUCUCAGGCUCAGGCGCUGUUCAUGCCGCCACCACCUGCUCUCACCUCCAUGGCUGCUCUGAAGGAGAUGCUCCAGAGGGCUGACGAGGAGGGUGGACAGCCAGAGCUGUGCCCAUCACAGAAGAUGGGCUGCUCCGUCAGCGAAAACAGUCUGUGGACCGUGGGCAGAGAGUGGCAGAGCGAGGAAGUUCAGAGGGAGGAAAAAGAAGGAAAGGAGGAAGAAAAAAAGGAGGAGGUGGAGGUGAGAGGACAAGCAGAUGGAGGGCGGAGUUUGCAAUCAAGAACUACAGAAGUUUCCUCACCCCCACUCUCCCUUGCCCAGUCUCCCCAACCUUACUUCCUCCAUGCUGCCCUGCCUUCCUAUCGCCCAGGCUACUCUAACUCACAGCACCAUGCAGAUCCAAGGCCCCACACCCAUGUAGGCAGAGAGUCCACAGACAAACACUGCAACACAGAGCGGCUUUCUGCAGCCAGCUCCUCCUGCAUCUACAGAGACGAUUCCACCACUGAUAUAAGUUCUGGCUUUAAUUACGAUUCUCUGGCUGAUGCAGGUGUAGAUUUCCCUCCCGAUUAUGAGAACGUCUUAAAGCAAACCACACGCGCUAAUGACAGGAAGUUUGUGUCUGACUCUCUUUACUGCAGUGAGUCAGAGAAGAAUAAUGACACACACACUGAGUCGGACUCGCCACUUAGUGGCACCACUGAGGCACCAGGUUGCACUACUCCAUAUAAGAACAUAGAUGUCAUGAUGACGUAUUCAAACAGCAUUAAUGCAAUGGAUUCACUGUGUGUAGAAAAGCACUCGCACUCACACGUAGACAUCCGCAGCAGCAGCAGCAGCAGCAAUAAGGCCAGGAAAUUCAAAGAACUUCCUCCGCUGCCUACCUACUACCUAUACCACCCUAAGAACUGCCCUCUGCACAGGGGUGCACCUCCUCGCCUCUCCCCCAUUGGAGCCUUGUCUCCUCCCCAGCGCCCUGGAGCUCCCCCUCCGGGCUCCUCAGGCCUCAGCUCCCCGCUUUUUCCCCGCUCGCACACCUUGCCUGCCCUCGCUGCUCCCCUCUACUAUCCAAACCUCUACCCUCCUAUACCAACCAGGGCUCCCCCCCUACCCCCAAAACUCUACCAGGCUCCUCCGCAGUCACGUUUGGCGACUGUUCGUAGUGUCUCAUACGCUGGCUCCGUACAGAGGGGAGACUCAUCCUGGAUGGGCGAAGAUGUGAAGUUUUCAAUGAGAGGUCUUGGUCUGUCCUCGCUGUGCCUGCAGGAGAAGAAAGCUCUGGUCAGUGCAGUCAAUGUGGCAGUGGAAACCAUUUUGGCCCAUUUCAGUUCAUCUCGGACUGUGGUUCAGAAGUCUCUCUCAGUUAACAAGGCCUUAUCAGGAGACAGCUCUGUAAAUCCAUCUCUGGGCCGUCUGGUGCUGCAGUGCCUCUGCCCUGCGCUGCACAGCUUGCUGACCGAUGGCUUGAAACCCCACCAGAGUGACCUGAUUGCAGGCAGGAGGCCAAACUCUGCCUGGGGCUUAGUGCAGGCCUCAACCAAACCAGGUCCUAAAACACAAGCUUUGUUCAACCUACACGUUCGAGUCGGGGAGCUGGGCCAGCUUAGGCGUAACAAACACCGGUUCAAUGCAUUCCUCCUUGGUCUCUUGAAUACCAAGCUUCUGGAUUUCUGGCUGUCUCACCUUCAGUCGUGUUGUGAUGUGUUGGAAACAUUCUACCAUCCCUCCUCCUUCAUGCUUCUGUCUCUGACCACCUGCCAGCCUCUGUUUGAGGAGCUGCUCCUUGUGUUGCAGCCUCUCAGUCUCCUCACCUUCAACCUUGACCUGCUCUUCCAGCACCACCACUUAGAGCCAGACAGUCACGUCCCAGAGAUCCCUCAUCCGCCCGGUCCGGGUGCAGGGGUCCAGCUGUCGACGAAGGAGUCUCAAUCCAAAAUCCCAAGCAGCAAAUAUAUUAGAAGCCUGUCAGAAGUAGACUUUGGAAGCCCAGAGCAUCAGGCAGCUAAAGAAAAAUGGUCACCAGUGACUGAUCCAAAGAGUUCAGGCGAGGCGACCGAUUUCAGUGCUGCGACUUUAAACGUUUCGAACACUGUCAGUCAAACAAGUCCACAGCUUUUGUGGGUACAGGAGAAGGAAAUUGAAGCGUUACCUCCUCCAAACAUGGAGGACGACAGCCUUGCUCAGCAGGCAGGACAGGUGAUCCAGCAGGGAUGGGGUGCUGUAAUGCGCUGGGGAGGCCGACUGAGCCAGAACCUGAAUGAGCUGAGCCUGUCCGCAGGUAGAAGGGAGGAAAUGAGGGCAGACUUGCCGGACCUCCACACUCAGCCAGGAAGUGACUACGCUCCGGUCAGCAGCGGUGCUCAGGUUCCCUGGGGUCUGGGCCGGCUGUUUGGAGCUUCGAAAAGCCCCAGCAGCCCCACAAAUCACUCACUGCCAACCAGGCGUCCCUCUCAGUGGUUGGCUCCUGGUGUCACGGCACUGACCCGAAUGGUGAGCAGCACCUCCGCUCCGAUGUUAAAGAGGGCCCCGGAGCCUCAGCGAGAAAGCGAGCCAAAGUCAGAGAGAGAGACUGAGUCACUGGAGAUGAAGGACAAACCCCGACCACUCAGGUCAGUGCGAACACUGUGCGACCACAACGGAACAGGUUCGGAGCUCAGCUUCUGCAAAGGUGAGGAGCUCCAGGUGUUGGGAGGCGUCGAUCAAGACUGGAUCCGUUGUCGUCAGGGAGACAAAGAGGGACUGGUACCUAUCGGAUACACGUCCCUGAUCAUGUGACUUUGGCGCCAUAACUGCUGCACUACAUAAAAAAAAAAUAUAUAUAUUUUAGGCAGUUAUGGAAACGUUAUGGUGAGGCCCCCUCUACUCUGAAAGGGAUAUUUCACACUUGCUUGGUUAGAGUUUGAGUUGAGUGCACAACACCAUCUGUUCUGCUUUGCGUUCACUGUGAGCCGUCUGCAGCUCUCUUCCUUUAUGAGCAUAAGGGUUUUUCCCCAUAACAAUUCAUCCAGUUUGGCAGCAUGCAACUAAUGGGUUUUAGCAGCAGUAAUGCAGCAGAUGGUGUGAAAUAAUCACUCAAAUCAAAUUUUGACCACUUCAUACUGGAAGCCUUUUGGAUCUUAAGAGUGAAGUAUCUCUCUCUCAGUCUCUGCUUUACUCGCUCUUAGCCGCUGGUCUGAAAACGACCACAGCGGACGUUCAGUGCUGUCGAAACCGUUUGUGCGUUUUCAGAUCAGUGGCUUCUGCUGUGAGGAGGCGACAGUCAGCAGCUUGGUGUUAGCCACGUAUGUACCUGUGUUCAUCAGCGGUGCAGAGCCGUGGUUCACAGGUUGUUGAGUGGAGAAAGCACCGGGGCCCAAAGCUCCUGAUGCAUACUGCGUAGUAAUGUCGUGAAUUGUAGCCGUGUACAUCCGUGUUCGAUUGACCUCUCACCUCUAUCGCCUGGUUUCAUGUGAGUUUGUCAUGUUUCCGAGACUAUAUGCGACUGUAAAAUAUACAUAAAAAUAUAUAUAAAUAGAUAUAUAAAUAUAUAUAGGUAUAUAAAUUCAGAUUAUUACCGAGGUAGAUGGGAAGAUAGAUGAACAAGAGAAAGGCAGCGAAACAUGAGCAGCUCGAUGCGGUGGCCUCGCCGAGGAGGGCGAUGAUUAAUAAUGGAUGGAUUCAUUCUUUAUCUUAACAUCUGUGACUUUUCACACACAUCCGAUGGCCGCCAGUCGCACUGGAGAAAAAAGAACAGUGUGUGUGUUUCCUUUAGGUAUGAAAUGCAGCGACUUCCCCACUUUUAUGUAUCACCACUGUCUUGUUAUAAUGUCAUAUUAAUGAAAUAAUUAGACAUGUAAUAUUAUUCAUAACUUAAAAAAAACAAACAAAAAAACAAACACGUAUGCAUUGUAGUGUGCCAUGAAUGCUUUGGAAUAAUGCCAGAAGAAUAACCAUCGGUCCCAGACAUUUAAGUUAAUAAUAUCAUACAACAGCAGUCUGUAGCUUCUCUCUCUCCAUCCAUGGAAAACCUCACAGGGCCAACGUGAGCGAACACCUCACUAAACUAUGCUCAGCUCUUGUUCCUCUCUAUCUAGACUUAAAAAUAUGAAGAAGCCCGUUGAUUCAUGUAAAUCCCAACAGCUACAGUGAAGUCUGCAAGGUUUGGUGGCUGGUUUUCACCUUGUACCUCAGCUUUCAUAUUUAACUUCCUGCCAUAUUUCAUAAUCAUUGAUAUUAUUAAUGAUAGUGGUAGUAGAAGUGGUCGUGGUGGAAAUGAUAUGUUGACCCUAAAGUUGCUCACCUGAAAUAUGUUGCUUUUGUGUCAUAAUUAUUCUCUAGAUUCUGUAUUUAUGACUAUGCAUAAUAGUUCAAUGUACAAAGUCAUAAUUAUAAUUUUAAUGUUACUGUGCACGUGAAGAUAAAAGUACUCGCUUAAAUGGUUACAAGUUAAAAAAAAAAAAAAAAAAAAAAGCUGGUCCAAAAUAAAGAAAUAAAAAAGAAAUAAAGAAAGGACCUGCCUCCAAAUGACCUCAUCGUAAUUCAGCAGGAACAUUUCAGUGAUGUCAAUCAGGGAAAAGUUCAGUCCUUCAAAGUUUCUCCAUCUUUUUUGUGUUGAUGCCAUGUAGCAUGAGUUCACCGUCACUACAGCAAAAGUCCAGUAGCAUAAAACUCAGCCAGUGCUCAUAAUGUGUAACGAAUGAUCAUAGCAAAAUGCCAUCAAAUGGAUAUUACCUAGGUGUUUUACAAGAAAUCAAGACAUAAUAGAAAACUGAAGUGAUAUAAAAUCAGUUCACUCUUUGACACAUGGUGUUGAUUCAUUUUUUUUUAUAAUGUGAGAUUAUAUUCUAAAUGCAUUUUGUUUUGAAAAGCUCUUAAUUUAUUAGAUGUAUUUAUUGAUCUUGAGGUUUUGGAGAGGAAUAACUAAAUGUCCCAUCUAAUGUCUCUCUCUCUCUAUCUGGGUUGAGUGUGUGUUUAUGCACAUAUGAGGCAGUGAAAGCAGUGACGAGUGUGAGCACAAAUGAGUAUCUGCACAUUCUGCACUUCAACUUGUGUGUGUGUGUGUGUGUGUGUUCUCCUUUUUAUCUCACUGGUGUCAUGUAGCCUGUAGACGGCCCCCAGUAUCCCACUAUUGCAUUUAGUUGAGUGCCCCCCUAGUGUCAGUCACUGUCCACCUCCUGCAUGUGCUUGUUUGUAAAUACACCAAAUAAAAAGGAUCAGUAUAAACCAA